UCUCUCUCUCUCUCUCAUCUCAUCUCACAUUUGAACUCACGUGAAUGCCUUACACACGCCUCUUUCUCUCUCUGUCCCUCUGAUCUCGAUCCUUUAAAAUAGUUUUACCACUAUACUGCUUAGGCCCUUUUGCCAUCAUAUCAUCAUCACUAUCAUCUCUCUCAUGACUAUAUUAUUUUUCCAUCUCAAAUUUCUAGCUCUAGUUUGAUCCACCAAUAUUGUUGGAAAAAUACACAAGAUUUAGUUACAUAUAUAUAUGUUCUUCUUUCAUUUUUGAUAAUAUAUACUUUUUCUUCUCUCUAAAUUUGCCCUAAAUGGAUCUUCCUUCUUACCAUAAUAAUUUAUCAUCACCAUCUUUCGUCGAGCUUAAAGAAGAUCACACUUCUUCAUCUUUGUCUCUCUCGUAUCCUCAUCAUGCUUUCAUGAAUCCAGCACAAGAUCAAGGAAACUUUUUCUAUAGAUCAGAGACACAACGAUUCCAACUUCAAGCGGCUGAUCAUAAAAAGAUGAACGUUUCCUCUGGUGGAUCAUCAUACGAUCAUCAUCAUCACCCAAGAGCUGAAGAAAGCCAUGAAUCAUUUCAUAAUCAUCAUGAUUUGAAAUUAAGCAUUACUACUACUGCUGCUGUUGCUAUUGCUGAAGAUCAUAUCAAUUACGAUAUGAAAAAUCAUACCAGCCACGAAGAGAAUAUCAAUUCGGUUAAGUGGAUGUCUUCAAAGAUGAGGAUGAUGAGAAAGAUGAUCACUAAUUCGGAUCAAACGGCCAGUAAUGAUACACCAACAAACUUCACUACUACUCCUCAAAACUUUGAACCACCGCCACCACUACCUGUCAUGAAGAUCAAUAUCAAGCAUCCUGGAUCGCCUCCUGGUAGUACUGAUCACAGCACCAGUUCUUCCUCAAACAACAACGCCACAAUCAUUAGGGUUUGUUCCGACUGUAACACAACCAAAACCCCUCUUUGGAGAAGUGGACCAAGAGGCCCUAAGUCUCUUUGCAAUGCUUGUGGAAUUCGACAAAGAAAGGCGAGAAGGGCAAUGGCGGCGGCAGCGGCUGCCGCCAACGGAACAGUUGUUCCGGUGGACGCACCAUCUAUGAAGAAUAGUGCUAAAGCUCAGCAGAAAGAAAAGAAAUCAAGAGUCGGUGGUGGUGAUGAUAAUAGAUGCGUUCCGUUCAAGAAAAGAUGCAAACUCCCAUCUCCAUCCAGAGGGCGGAGGAAGAACAAGCUUUGUUUUGAGGAUCUCAUAGUGAGUGUGAGCAAGAAUACUACGGCAUUUCAACGAGUUUUCCCUCAAGAUGAAAGAGACGCCGCUAUCCUCCUAAUGGCUCUAUCUUAUGGUCUUGUUCAUGGAUGAUGAGAUUAUUAUUCAACUAUAUAUUUGUGUUAUCACCAUGUUCUCUCUCCGAAUUUUAGAACUUUAUUCGUUACUUUUUUCUUUUCUUUUUUAUUUUUCAAAUAAGUUUUGAGUUAUGUUUUAGUAUAUCCAUGUGCGUUAGACUGUACGUAUAUUGAAAUGAGAGGGAGAGACUAUCUAGCUUCUGCGAAGCUGGAAUAAAAGUAGAGUUUAUUAUAACUUAGUGAGUGAGCUUAGGGUGCAUUUGGAGAUAACCAAAUCGUGGGUCUCUUUUGUGUUCUUUAAUCAGUAUUAAUUUCAUCGUUAUGUUAUCCCCUCUGAUAUACUUAAUAAGUUAAGUCACAAAAGUUUUUGUUUUUUCU